AUGGACACCACCCUCGGCCCAUACCGUUUCAACUACCCCGACGACGGCCUGGCAAUCUACAAACUAGGCGACCUGGUCGAGCAGUACUUCCUUUGCAAUGAGCAUUUCUGGUUCCAGGUUCUGCGUGUCGGGGGGAAGAUGUUCAAGUUUCGGGUUUCGACGCAUACGGAGGGGGAGCAGAGGGUGAAGAUUUGGAAGACGUUUCGGGGGGUUCCGAGGGAGAAGAGAUUGUUGAGUGACUACAUAGAUGUCCAGAAAGGAACUGCUGGUCAAUUUCAGUUGAUAUGGAUGUCUGUUGUGGAGUUAUCGCAGGCAAUGCGCAUUCUCGAGGAUAGGAUUCGUGGUCUGGGAGAUGACGAGGAAAAUAAGGAAUUUAAGAAAGAGUGUCAAAAAUUGACGGAUGCAAUGAUGAUGGCAAGGAAAUGGAAACAGAAGGAGGAAAUGCAGGGUCAGUGUUGUUGGUGA